AUGUCCAGCGAUCAGGUCUUCUCCUUCCAGUCGAAGGCGCCCUCCUUCAAGAACUCGUUUGAUCCGUCGUCGGACCCGCUCGACCCACACUCCAAGGCGGUGUCGCAGCCCCCACAGCCGCCAUCGCAAGCACAGGCGCAGCCAGCGUCGCAGCAGGCGGCGCCUGCGGCAGGCCUCAAGUCCUUCUUCGGGGUCGGCGCAGCCAACGACGGCGCCAGCAACUUCAACUUCAACGCCCACAGAAGAGUUUCCGUGUCCGCAGAGGCGCUGAACCCAAACACGUUCAGCAAGGACAACUGGAAGCCGCCGGUGCACCAGCUCUCGCACGACCAGUUGACCCGGUUGAACGCCAGCGUCAUCAAGAACUUCCUCUUCAGCCAGUUGGACGAGGACUCCCUCCGCACAAUCAUCUUCGCCCUCGAGGAAAAACGGUGCCCGAAGGGCUUCGAGAUCAUCAAGCAGGGCGACGAGGGAGACUUCUUCUACGUGCUCGAGAAGGGCACGGUCGACUUCUUGGUCGACGGCAAGGUCGUCAACACCUCCAGCGACGGCUCCUCCUUCGGCGAGUUGGCCUUGAUGUACAACUCCCCGCGUGCCGCCUCGGUGAUAGCCACGUCGGAGUGCAUCCUCUGGGCCUUGGACAGAAUGACCUUCCGGAGAAUCCUCUUGGAGGGCACCGCCAAGAAGCGCAGCUUGUACGAGAACUUCCUCAAGGAGGUCCCUGUCCUACAAUCCCUCUCCCCCUAUGAGCGCUCCAAGUUGGCUGACGCCCUCAACACAGAGAGCUUCAAGACGGGCGAAAACGUUGUCUCCGAGGGCGAGGCCGGCGAGAACUUCUACUUCAUCGAAGAUGGUGACGCAGAGGUGAUUAAAGAAGGCCACGGCCUCGUCACAACCUUGAAGAAGGGUGACUACUUUGGCGAGUUGGCCUUGCUUUACGAUUCCCCAAGACAGGCAACUGUGAGAGCCCUCACGCCUUUGAAGGUCGUCUCUUUGAACAAAAGCGGCUUUCAGCGUUUGUUGGGCCCGGCGGUGGACGUCUUGAAGUUACAUGAUCCAACCAAAAACUGA